UGAAAAUAGAGGAUGCUAGAAUAAUCUGAGCAUACUAAAGUUCAUACUGAAUGUUUUUAGACUGUUUUUGAGUUUGACAUCGAAAGUUCACAAAGAAAACCAAAAUCAAGUUCUUAAGAAAAAUACAGAAAAUUAUUUGAGAUAGCCAAGGUUUACUCUAAUUCAAAAGUACCAUAAGCACACUCAGAUGAUGUUCCUGAAUUUGAUUCUUUAGAAGAAUCCUGUUAAAUUAGACCUUCUAUCUGUACAAAUAAAUCAAGCAAAUAAAGUUAAGAACGUGAAGAGAAAUUAUUCGAAAAAGAAUUAUUGUCACUUUUGAAUGAGGAAGAUAAUCGAUUAAUAGCUAAGAGUGAAAAAGAAAAGUUAAAAUUACCAUCCAUUAUGAUGAGAAAUGGUGGACGCUACACUGGAUACUGGUACAAAAAAAAACCUUAGGGUGAAGGAGAAUACAAAUUUGUUGAUUCUAGCAGAUAUGAAGGCGAGUGGAUUAAUGGUUAUGCUAGUGGAAAAGGUAAAUUUUUUGAUUCGGAAGGAGGGUAUUAUUGUGGGGACUUCCAUUUGAAUUACAUGCAUGGUAAAGGAGUGUAUUAUUAUGCGGAUGGCUCGAUUUAUGAAGGCUCAUGGUUCAAUGAUAAAUAUAAUGGAUAUGGUAUUGAAGUGAAGAUUGACUCUCAUUAUAAAGUAGGGCAUUUUCGGAAUGGCUUAAAACAUGGCCAAGGAGUUUUAAUAUUUAAUAAUAAGGAAAAAUAUGAGGGUUUGUUUGUAAAUGGUCAGUUUGAAGGGAAAGGAUAGUUUAUAUGGCCUGAUGGAAGAAGAUAUUAAGGAGACUGGAAAAACGGAAUGAUGCACGGCUAGGGAAUCUUAUCCUGGACUGACGGCCGAGUUUAUGUUGGUUAAUAUGAAAGCGAUAAGAGAUAAGGUUUCGGAACAUUUUAAUUUGCUGAUGGUCGAAAAUACGUUGGGUAAUGGAUGAAUGGUUUACAACAUGGGACUGGAGAAUUCACAGAGUCUCAUGGACAUAUCACCAAGGGAGUUUGGAGAGAAGGUAAAUUAUUUUCUCUUGUUUGA